GGGUUCCUUCGCACCAGUUUGAUUCUGAUUCUUUACAAUAAAUCUCUUGACAUCAAAUCUACUUGAUAACAGAGAAAACCUAACUUACGAUUCUAAUACCUCAACACAACAUUUCUUCACAAUAUCUAACAAGAUACUUAUCAAACUUACUACACCGUCCACGAUUAAACACACCGAUCAUCGCAAUGUCUAUUUCUUCUCAACCAAGAGACGCUGCCACGCAGACUUGUGAAGAUAUAUUCUUUGAUGCCCCCGAGGAAUUAUUCGAAGACGCCUUAGAGAAUCAGGAUGAUGAAGAGAUCAGAUGUAUCGAAACUCAUUCCUAUCUUGCUAAUCCAGACAAAGGCCACUAUCCAGAUCUUCCAGCACUUUUUCUACAAGAUGAAAUCCAGGAUUUCAAUUACCAGGAUCCUGCCCCCUUCGAUGUAGAUGAUCCUGAGUUUGAAAAGCUCCUAUUGCUUGAGGAAUCUCUCAUCAAUUUGCAAGAAAAGUAUGAAAGUUCAAUGAAGAAGGAAGACGGCAAGUUCAAGCGCAUCAUGGCUCUCUAUGAAAAAGUCAUCAAUCGUCCAUAUGAUCCUUCAAGACUACGUACACUUGAAUCUCUCAAGAAAGAGAGAACACCGUAUGUCAGACGCCUGAAUGAAAUCACGAGACUUCAGGAACUCAUGGACAGAGAGUAUCUUGUUGAGUUUACAGAAAUCAAGCAGCAAGUGGUUGCCAUCAUGGAUAAAUGGCAUGCAAAACAAACAUCGCUAGCUGCAGUUCCUCAUAAGCUGGUCGUCGAAGAAAAUGUUCGCUGGACAUUACUCAAACAAAAGCAGCUCGAGUACAUCCACGACAAGACAAAAGAUCUCGUCAGCGAGCAGGCCAACCGAAUCAGAGGACUUGAGUAUGCACUUACCGUGGCCCAGCAAGUAACCGUAGCUACUCCAUACGUCUAUCAACAAACAGCUAGUAUGGCAGAAGGCCAAGCGUUAGCUGAUGCAUAUAUGGGGAUGACUCAGCAACAAAUGAACCACGGCUUCCAGAAUGCUGCCCACACCGAUUCACAUUUUGGACAGUUCGAUAACGUUGGAGUUCCAACUAAUCAAGAGUCAUUGAAUGCGGGAGAAAACAUUGCUCAGGUACAGCAACAGUACACUUUUCAGAAUCAAGGAAAUCCUCAGCUCGAGGCAGAUUCUGGAGAAGAUGACGCAUUCACAGUCGUAGGUAGUCAAACAGAAGCUCUCGAGGAAAUUAAAGCUCCUGAGACACAGAAAUCGUGGACUUUUCAAUACCGGGAACCUGCAAAUCUCGCGACUGAUUCUGAGAAAAGCGAUGAGACUGUUUCAAACUUCAAGACACCUAAUAGCGAACAAGAGCCAAUCGCUGCUGGAGCCAACAGUUCUCAAGGACAGGAACGUGUUGAUGACAACACACAAGAAGUUCAGCAACUAGCCAAUCCUUUACCUACCCCUCCUCUCAAUGAUGCAGUCCCAAUUGUUCCAGAUCCACAAGCGCGCCAAAACAGCUACGUCAAUUUCCUUGAAUACGAUGAUGAUCCAGGCCGAAUGUACGCCUUACAUUCUAGCGACCCAAUCAAGAAAGCUUGGGCUAGAAAGAAGUUAGAUGUCGACUUUAAGAAAAAGCAGGAAGAUACAGUAGAUCGAAUGAUGAAAAUGGGGAGAUACGAAGCUGCGAUGAAGAAGUGGGCCGAGACAGUUAGUGAUAUGCUGGAAGAAGUCUCACCAAAUCGCCGUCCUAAAAAGCACAUAAUCCAGGAUUUCGACGAAAAUGAAGAGCCCGAUGAUGAUUAUGGCCGAAAGCGCACCUUUGGCACCUACGAAGAAGACGAUGAAGGUGAGGAAGAACACAGCAGAAAGCGUCUUCGUUCGAUAUCCCGGAUCAUCCGCUAUACUCCAACACCUUCACUUGUUUUUGAGCCCACACCGGAAGAUUCAACUGACGAAGAAACGGGGGAGGAACCAGCUACUGGAUAUAUUGGUCACGAUGGUGUGUACUAUGACCCUGAUGGGCGACGCCAUUACGUGCAGAAUCCUGUUGAACAAGGAUAUUCCAAUUAUUAUGACAGUAAUGGCGGCCACCCUGUCCGUCAGUACACUUCACCUCUACCCCAGCAGCAAAGCCCAUGCCCUCCAAGUACUCCGGCUUCGCGUAUUAGAUCAUAUUUUUCGAGAUGUACUGCAACUCGGCGCACUGGAUCAGUACCUGCUAGACUUACCAGGCAACGAAUGCUACAUAGUCAAUGGAGUCAAUGGCAGAAUAAUAGAACUGCUCCAAGAUAGCAGCUCCUUGACUUUACGGAAGUACGACCUGAGAAGCUUCCGCAGACUUAAUUGGGUGGGGUGAGAAUGACGGGAUAUGUUGAAGGGUUAAGGGAAACUUUUUCUGCAGUUAAUUAGGAUUUUACAAUGAUUUUAGGGCAUGUGAGAAGUUUUGGAGAUAAAGGGGUUGGUUGUUGAAAAGUGGUGGCAUUUGAUUUGCGGAAUCAAUUGGGAAAUAGAAAGGAUA